CGCCAAACCCUUUUUCACCCACCCACCUACUCCACUCACCUGCCUACCUAACCUACGCUCGCCCCCGAUGUCCACACCAGAAGAUGAAUUCGGCCUCUCCUGCCCGUCGGGCGGCACCUUCUACAUCUGCCUCUCCAGCGACUUCCCCUUCCUCGGGUGCUGCACCUCGGACCCGUGCAGCGCCUCCAACGGCGGGCAGUGUCCGGAUGGGGGGCUGCGGCCGGCGAGCUACUCGCAGUACGGGGGCGCGCACCAGAGCUGCGCGGCGCCUUGGGGGGCGGACGCGUGGUACACGUGCGCGUUCGCGCGGCCGCCGUUCUUCGGGUGCUGUGCGAGGGACCCGUGUAAUGAUGGCUGCGCCGAUGAGGACCUGGUGGCUGCGCGGCUGGAUGAGGAUCCGGCGAAUGCGGCGCCGUUUGUGGAUUUUGAGACGGUGGGGAGUAGUGCUAGUAGCACCGUUGGGAGCAGUAGCAGCACUACCAGCAGCAGUAGUAGUAGUGGCAGCAGUAGUAUUACUAGUGGUGUUUCGGUUCCCAGUGAGAUAGGGACACCAAGUCCGACAGGGCCGGGCGUGUACGGGGAUGAUAUGGUCAGUACAGGGCCGCCUUUGAGGAUAGGACUCAUAGUUGGGUUGAGCAUGAUGGGGAUAGUGAUCAUGCUGCUGAUAAUCGGGGGAGGGUUAUGGUGGAAAAAGAGGCGGGAAACCCGGGAGUUUCGUAAUAGGGGGUGCAAUUCCCUUAGCUUGCGUAGAGAGGAUGGUGAUGAAAAAAUUGCUUCACAUAACGGCGAGGAUCCAGGACCGAGCAUUCCAAAUCCCAACGCAGCGCAUUCUAUAUCCGCCCCGGGGACUCCCCAGGAGUUGGAAGCACACAUCCCGCAUUCAUUAGAAACACGCCAGUCUUGGUUUGGUGACUUGGGUGUAGGGAAGCAACUGAGCGUGGUGAAUCCGUAGAUACCUGUAUAUAGAAUAGCGAGGAUAUGGCACGGUUUGGAGUAAGCCAAGUUGGGG